GUGCCUCUGGAAAGUCUGUGGAAAUUCACCCUGCUUGAUCCUGGCCCUGGUGGGCACUGGGACAAAGUUGAAGUGAAUAGUCCGGUAUGGCGAAGUUUAACCCGUCCUGCAGGCGGUUCGGCGGCCUUUGGAAGAGGUGAGGGUUACUAUCUAGGCGGAUAUGCGAACAGAAGAACAAGCCAGUCUACGAACACAGGCAGCAAUGUGCCUACUCCUGGGAUGCAAGCAAUGAACUUCACAAGCGGUCAAUUCUACAACGAUACAGCACUAGGUUAUUCUAAAACAGGUACUCACGAAUUCGGUGGUAUGAUUCAUGUGCCUAAUUGGGGAGGACGAGGCUUGGUGGUCGCCAUAGGCGGCCAAACUUCCCCUUCUCUAGAAACUUUCGAUGACGGAAGCUUAUACCAGGACAUGGCCAAUAUUACCCUCUUCGACCCAGCCCAACGCCGAUGGUUUAGCCAAACAGCAUCCGGUAGACCAGAAGAUAUUCCAACCCAACGCGACCGAUUCUGCGUUGUGGGAGCUUCGGCACCUAGUAGUUCGACUUUCGAGAUUUUUGUAUACGGAGGGUACACCAACACAGCAUCGCGGUCUAUGAACUAUGAUGAAGUCUUCGUCCUCUCGUUGCCUGCAUUCCGUUGGUUCAAAGCCAAUUACACAUCGUCAGAAGCUCGUAUUCGGCAUACGUGCCACGCUGUUGGAAGGCAGAUGAUCAGCAUUGGGGGAGUCAACUCAUCCGACGCGAGCACAAACAGUGAUCCAGACCCCUUCACUCAAGGCCUAAAGGUGUUCGAUAUGACUGCGUUGCAGUGGACGAACAAGUGGGACGCAGCGAUCCCGAGCUAUGAUACUCCAAGCAUCGUGCAGGCCUCCUAUUCCAGUGGCAACCGCUACCCAAAGGCAUGGGACGACUCCGGGUUGAAAGACGUCUUUUUAGCAACAUUUAGUCCUGCGCCAAGCUCGACGACGGGGGCGGCUGCAGCGUUGCCUCAGUCCCACACUGGGGUCAUUGCAGGCGCAAUCAUCGGAGGUAUUGCAAGCUUGGCAAUGGUAGGGGCUGCGCUCUUCUAUGGAGUAUUGCACAAGCGCCGACAUGAAGCUAGGCUUAGGGUUGACCCAGUCGAGCUCCCUCCUGAGCAUAGGGCAGAACUAUCGGGAGAAGGCCCAAGCAUAGUGGAAUCGCCGCCAGGAAAGAAGGAGUCUGUUGAGAUUCAAGGACACAUAGACGCAAGGGAGAGACAAAGCCUUGGUGCUGCGGUACAACCUUUUGAAGUCAGUUGA